AUGGAAGCGACGACGAAAUCUUUGUUGAACGUGUUCCUAUGGCUCGUCGCCGUCACCGCAGUAGUGAGGUAUAGACUUGAAUAUUCUUUCAUAUUUUCAAAGAACUCGAAGAUGGAAAUAUUUUCAGCGAAAUGAAUGUCGAUGGCUGGGACCCGACGGUGCGGGACAAAACGGAGUUCUGCGAACGCCUUGUUCAGUACGCUCCGAACUCCGACGUUUACUGCGAAGUGAGAAAUACUCACAAAAUUUCGCGUUAUCAAGCUCUUUCAGUCGUUUGUGUUCUGCUGCAAUAGCCAGUUCGACCCUAUGAACGGUGACAAAUGCCAAGUGAAAGCUGUCGAAUGCGAGCCGGUUGAGGUAUUCGAAUGACUUUGUUAAUUAAAGCUCAUAAGAGCAGCUAGACAUUCUCAACACAAAUAGUUCACAUCUCAAUACCUUCUCAUUCACUCUUUUUUUCAGAACUCGAGAACCGGCCGAGGUUCUUGUCUCUUGAGCAACUGCACGGAGCUUCUGACGACAACGACAACCACGACGACAAGUCGUCCAUUGGUCACCAUCAACGCUGCUCCAGGUAAAUUAGGCAAGCUCGGAUUUAUAGCCGGCGGGCAACGUUAAUAUACCUAAACCACCUGUUGGCUCCAACGGCGUGUUUACAACCUAUUCAUGGGCAGGCUAAGGCAUGCAGCGUUAAAGAAAACGUUAACUAUCCACAUUUCGUUUGAGGUCAACGAAAAAUUUCAAUACAAAACUUUAAAUAAUUCACUUCAAGUAAAUGUCAUCAAAAAAGCAUCCUACGGAGUUCAGUUUAUUUUUAGUUAUUCAGACUUCACCUACAUUUUUUUUUAAAGGGUUUCUUAUUUUUCAAUUCUCUCUUUUUUAAUAUUUAAAGCUUUUUCUGAAAUUUUGCUUCAAAACUAAGAGAAGAAAGAAAAUAAAGCGAAGAUUUCGAGUUCCGUUCGCCGAGAUUUUCUGGUUAUUUUUCGUUUCAAGCUUUCUCUGAGUUUGAUCUUGAUGGUGGGUCGAGUCGUACUGGCAACUCCUUGAAAGGAAGCGGAAGGGGCCAAUCAAUGUUGUUUGAUGGCGCGUUUGAUGUGAAAAGGGAUCACCUAGGAUAAUGGGCAGCGCGAAAUGAAACGUGUCAAGAAUGGCACGAGGCCCCCAGGGAAAGCCAGCGUCCGGUCUCAAAUGAGCCAAUUACCGGCAGCCUCCGAUUCGUAAUUGAAACACUUCUCGCUUUCGAAAUUUUUGUCAUCUGCCAGUUGGUUUCAAAAUUAUCUCAUUCAAAUUCAAAUCAUGCAAAAAAUUGUGUUGAAAGGCUUUUUUUUCACAAAUCUGCAGUUCAAAAGGAACUAUUCGAGGACUUCGAAGUUAAAAUCCAGUGGUUUUGAUAUUUCAAAAGUUCGAAGUGAUAAAAUUUGCUGAAAUCAUCAGGUCGGAAAGCAAAAUAGAUUUUCAGAAGAACUGAUUGAUCAGAAUUCUGUUGAAUUGUUAUUCUGCGAGGAGCAAUGAAGGAAUUUUGAAAUUAAAUUUCGAAUGGUCCGUAAAAAAUUUUUUCAGUUAUAAAUAAUUACGAGCAAAUGUUUGUAGGCAAAUUUAAUCAUAUAGAGUGCUUUCGAGCAUAAUCUAAGUACAAAAUGAUGGAGCAUUUGGCGCUAAUCCAACCAGGUGUAGAUUAGGCUCAACGGUGUCUGAGACAGGUGGCCCUCGAUUAACCUGCCGCCUCACUUUACCCAAUGAACUAAUGAACCUCUGAUGGAUCUAAGAAGUUUCUUUGCAGAACUCGUCGCUCUCUCAACUCUCGUCGGCCUUUCAAUCGCAGUUUCUUCCUUUCUCUGCUCAAAUCUUUAA